AUGUUUUCCCUUUUCCUUUAUCCCUUGUUCUCUUUCUUACUGCAACAAUGUUUUCCCUUUUUCCUUUAUCCCUUGUUCUCUUUCUUACGGCCACAAUGUUUUCCCUUUUUCCUUUAUCCCUUGUUCUCUUUCUUACGUCCACAAUGUUUUCCCUUUUCCUUUAUCCCUCUUUUGUUCUCCUUUUUCCUUUAUCCCUUGUUCUAUUUCUUCCAACAAUGUUUUCCUUUUUCCUUUAUCCUUGUUCUCCCUUGUUCUCUUUCUUACUGCAACAAUGUUUUCCCUUUUUCCUUUAUCCCUUAUUCUCUUUCUUACUGCAACAAUGUUUUCCCUUUUUCCUUUAUCCCUUGUUCUCUUUCUUACUGCAACAAUGUUUUCCCUUUUUCCUUUAUCCCUUGUUCUAUUUCUUACUGCAACAAUGUUUUCCCUUUUUCCUUUAUCCCUUGUUCUAUUUCUUACUGCAACAAUGUUUUCCCUUUUUCCUUUAUCCCUUGUUCUCUUUCUUACUGCCACAAUGUUUUCCCUUUUUCCUUUAUCCCUUGUUCUCUUUCUUACGGCCACAAUGUUUUCCCUUUUUCCUUUAUCCCUUGUUCUCUUUCUUACUGCAACAAUGUUUUCCCUUUUUCCUUUAUCCCUUGUUCUCUUUCUUACUGCAACAAUGUUUUCCUUUUUCCUUUAUCCCUUGUUCUCUUUCUUACUGCAACAAUGUUUUUCCUUUUUCCUUUAUCCUUGUUCUCUUUCUUUGCAACAAUGUUUUCCCUUUUCCUUUAUCCCUUGUUCUCUUUCUUACUGCAACAAUGUUUUCCCUUUUCCUUUAUCCUUGUUCUCUUUCUUACAGCCACAAUGUUUUCCUUUUUCCUUUAUCCUUGUUCUCUUUCUUACAGCAACAAUGUUUUCCCUUUUCCUUUAUCCCUUGUUCUCUUUCUUACAGCAAUGUUGUUUUCCCUUUUUCCUUUAUCCCUUGUUCUCUUUCUUACGGCCACAAUGUUUUUCCCUUUUCCUUUAUCCUUGUUCUCUUUCUUACUGCCACAAUGUUUUCCCUUUUUCCCUUUAUCCCUUGUUCUCUUUCUUACUGCCACAAUGUUUUCCCUUUUCCUUUAUCCCUUGUUCUCUUUCUUACUGCAACAAUGUUUUUCCCCUUUUUCCUUUAUCCUUGUUCUCUUUCUUACAGCCACAAUGUUUUUCCCUUUUUCCUUUAUCCCUUGUUCUCUUUCUUACUGCAACAAUGUUUUCCUUUUUCCUUUAUCCCUUGUUCUCUUUCUUACAGCAACAAUGUUUUUCCCUUUUUCCUUUAUGUUUUGUUCUCUUUCUUACAGCCAAUUUUUCCCUUUUUCCUUUAUCCCUUGUUCUCUUUCGGCAACAAUGUUUUCCUUUUUUUCCCUUUAUCCUUUCUUGCAACAAUUUUCCCUUUUUCCUUUAUCCCUUGUUCUCUUUCUUACGGCCACAAUGUUUUCCCUUUUUCCUUUAUCCCUUGUUCUCUUUCUUACUGCAACAAUGUUUUCCCUUUUUCCUUUAUCCCUUGUUCUCUUUCUUACGGCCACAAUGUUUUCCCUUUUUCCUUUAUCCCUUGUUCUCUUUCUUACGGCCACAAUGUUUUCCCUUUUUCCUUUAUCCCUUGUUCUCUUUCUUACUGCAACAAUGUUUUCCCUUUUUCCUUUAUCCCUUGUUCUCUUUCGGCAAUGUUUUCCCUUUUCCUUUAUCCUUGUUCUCUUUCUUUGCCACAAUGUUUUCCCUUUUUCCUUUAUCCCUUGUUCUCUUUCUUACUGCAACAAUGUUUUCCUUUUUCCUUUAUCCUUGUUCUCUUUCUUACUGCAACAAUGUUUUCCCUUUUUCCUUUAUCCCUUGUUCUCUUUCUUACAGCCACAAUGUUUUCCCUUUUCCUUUAUCCCUUGUUCUCUUUCUUACUGCCACAAUGUUUUCCUUUUUUCCUUUAUCCUUGUUCUCUUUCUUUGCAACAAUGUUUUCCCUUUUCCUUUAUCCCUUGUUCUCUUUCUUGCAGCCACAAUGUUUUCCCUUUUUCCUUUAUCCUUGUUCUUUUCUUCUUUCUCCUUUACAAUGUUCUCUUUUUCCUUUUCCUUUAUCCCUUGUUCUCUUUCUUACUGCAACAAUGUUUUUCCCUUUUCCUUUAUCCCUUGUUCUCUUUCUUACGGCAACAAUGUUUUCCCUUUUCCUUUAUCCCUUGUUCUCUUUCUUACGGCAACAAUGUUUUCCUUUUUCCUUUAUCCCCUUGUUCUCUUUCUUACUGCAACAAUGUUUUCCUUUUUUUUUCCUUGUUCCUCUUUCUUACAGCAAACAAUGUUUUUCCUUUUUCCUUUAUCCUUGUUCUCUUUCUUACUGCAACAAUGUUUUUCCCUUUUCCUUUAUCCCUUGUUCUCUUUCUUACGGCCACAAUGUUUUCCUUUUCCUUUAUCCUUGUUCUCUUUCUUACAACAAUGUUUUUUUUUUUCCUUUAUCCCUUGUUCUCUUUCUUACGUCCACAAUGUUUUCCCUUUUUCCUUUAUCCCUUGUUCUCUUUCUUACUGCAACAAUGUUUUCCCUUUUUCCUUUAUCCCUUGUUCUCUUUCUUACGGCCACAAUGUUUUCCUUUUUCCUUUAUCCCUUGUUCUCUUUCUUACUGCAACAAUGUUUUCCUUUUUUCCUUUAUCCCUUCCUUGUUCUCUUUCUUUGCAACAAUGUUUUCCCUUUUCCUUUAUCCCUUGUUCUCUUUCUUACGGGCCACAAUGUUUUCCCUUUUUCCUUUAUCCCUUGUUCUCUUUCUUACGGCCACAAUGUUUUCCCUUUUUUCCUUUAUCCCUUGUUCUCUUUCUUACUGCAACAAUGUUUUUCCCUUUUUCCUUUAUCCUUGUUCUCUUUCUUACAGCCACAAUGUUUCCUUUUUCCUUUAUCCUUGUUCUCUUUCUUACUGCAACAAUGUUUCCCUUUUUUCCUUGUUUCUCUUUUUAUCCCUUUUUCUCUUUCUUUACUUUCUUCUUUUGGCCACAAUGUUUUCCCUUUUUCCUUUAUCCCUUGUUCUCUUUCUUACGGCAACAAUGUUUUUCCUUUUUUUCCUUUAUCCCUUGUUCUCUUUCUUACUGCAACAAUGUUUUCCCUUUUCCUUUAUCCCUUGUUCUCUUUCUUACCACAAUGUUUCCUUUUUCCUUUAUCCUUGUUCUCUUUCUUAAGCCCAAUGUUUUCCCUUUUUCCUUUAUCCUUGUUCUCUUUCUUAUGGCCACAAUGUUUUCCCUUUUCCUUUAUCCUUGUUCUCUUUCUUACUGCAACAAUGUUUUCCCUUUUUCCUUUUCAUUGUUCUCUUUCCUUUUGUUUUCCCUUUUCCGGCAUCAAUGUUUUCUUUUUUUCCAAUUUUUCCCUUUUUCUUUUUUUGUUCUCUUUCACAGCCACAAUGUUUUCCCUUUUUUCCUUUAUCCCUUGUUCUCUUUCUUUUGCCACAAUGUUUUCUUUUUUCCUUUAUCCUUGUUCUCUUUCUUGGCCUUAAUGUUUUCCUUUUCCUUUAUCCUUGUUCUCUUUCUUACUGCAACAAUGUUUUCCUUUUCCUUUAUCCCUUGUUCUCUUUCUUACGGCCACAAUGUUUUCCCUUUUCCUUUAUCCCUUGUUCUCUUUCUUGGCAACAAUGUUUUUCCCUUUUUUCCUUUAUCCCUUGUUCUCUUUCUUACUGCAACAAUGUUUCCCUUUUUCUUUAUCCUUGUUCUCUUUCUUACAGCCUAA